UAUAAUAAAAAUUAUCAUUAUUUUCCUAUUAAAAAUUACAUUUAUCCAUUAUUAUCGAAAGCAACCAGUGGUCAUCAACAUAAUUCAUUAUGGAUGAAUAAUGAAAAAUAUUGCAAUACAAGUGAUUCAAUUAGUUCGUUAGUAACCACAAAUAUCCAUCAUCAUCAUCAUCAUCAUCAAAAUAAUGGACAUUAUUAUUUGGCAAAAUUUGUGAUCAUUAUGAUGAUGAUUAUUAUGACCAUCAAUCGAUUUGAUGUUUGUGAUGCUAAAGUGAAAAUACAUCAGAUAAAAGUGCCCAAAUAUAUUGAAAAUGGUACACGUGAAUCAAUAGUAUUAGAUUGUGAAUAUACAUUAGAUCCAGAUAAUGAUCCUGGAUUAGUAGUGAAAUGGUUUUUUCGUGAAGAUCCUGAACCAAUUUAUCAAUGGAUUUAUGAAUUAGAUUCACGUCAUGUACCACAACGUUAUCAAGGAUGGGUUAAUACAAAUUAUCGUCGUCCAAAUUUAACGGAACCAUGGCAACAAUAUCGUUCGCUCAAUCUUAUUAGGCCAACGGUUGAAAUGACUGGACGUUAUUCAUGUCAUGUGAUUGCACUUACAAGUGAAGCUCAUGAUGCUGAUACAAUGAUUGUUUAUGCGAAAACAAAAUCCAUUGAUCUGAUUACAAGACGUGUAACAAGACAAAGAAAUGUAGCUGCAUUCAAAUCAAAUGGCCAAUAUGGUGGUAAUACUGGACCAUCAUUGCCUGCUGGCUGGUCUAUUUAUCAUCAUCAUCAUCAGCAGCAGCAGCAGACAGCGACAGCAGCAUCAAAAUCCAGCAAAUUAUACAAUCAAUAUCAAUAUCAACAACAACGACAACAUUCACGUCCAUCUGAUGGUUUAUGGUCUGGUUCAGCUGCUGGACUUUCAUCAUCAUCACGUCAAUCCGAUUCAACAUUAUCGAAACGGCCUUUAUCAAUAAAUACAAGGCAUCGGUCACAACAACAACAACAACAACAACAACAACAACAGCAGCAGCAGGGAUAUAAAGAUUCAAUAUUGCCUCAAGGUGUUAAUAAUAAUAAUGAUGAUGAUCAUCAUAAUCAUCCUCUAGUUACAGUUACUGAAAUAGAAUGUACAGUUGAAAAUGUAUAUCCAUUACCGGAGCUUACAAUUUAUCAAGUAUUAGGUGAUGGACAAACAAAUGUACAUCGUCCACGUUCAUUAGAACGUGCACGUGUACAACAGAAUUCAACACAAUUAUCAAAUGGAGCUUUUCGUGUAUCAAUGAUUGUUUCUAUUGAUGAUGAAGAUUUAUUAAUGAUGUCAACGGCUGGUAAUACAGAUAAUGGUGGUGGUGGUGGUGGUAAUGAUCGAUCACAAUCAUCAUCAUCAUCAUUACCAAUGGCACAGCCAAUGUCAACAUCAAAUGAUGGACAUUCAUAUCAUUCAUAUUAUCAUCCACAACAGCAGCAAUCAAAAGUUAUUAUACCAACAAAAUCAUCAUCAUCAUCAUCAUCAUCGACAACAACAAAAACAAUGGCUAAACCAACAAUGUUUGAAUGUUUGGUUGCCCAAGAUGAACUUAAACAUGAGCUAAGAAAAAGCACCGUGUUUGUACCAAACAUAGCUCAAUCAUGGUUAGAAACCGGUGAAAAUAAUUCAGCAACCAUCCAAUUCAAUAGAAAUCAAUCAUCAUUAUUAUUGGCCAUAUUUAUCAUCAACGUCAUUGCCAUCAUUAUCAAUGGUUUAUGAUCUUUA